GCUCCCCGCGCGCGGGGCGCUGGCGGCCGCCAUCUCGGCUGAGGGCAGACGCGGCUUCGCGCCGGCCCAGCCGGGCAGGGAGCGUGGAGGCGCCAUCUUGGCUGAGGUCACGGCCGCGGGAGCAGGGAAUAGCAGGGAAUCCGUGCGGCCAUGGGGGUAGAGGAUCGGUCUGCAGCUCCGCGCCACGCUGGAGAACAUCACCCGGCUGCGGGCCGAGGGCGAGGACUUCCGAUGCUGAAAUGUGGGAACUGCGGUGAAGUCUCCGAAAAGUGGCAGUACCUGCGGCUGAUGGACAGUGCUCCCCUGAAGGGCGGCCGAGGAAGCGCCACGAUGGUGCAGAAGUGCAAGCUGUGCUCCAGGGAGAACUCCAUCGAUAUUUUAAGUCAGACAAUCAAGCCUUACAAUGCUGAAGACAGCGAGAAAUUCAAAACAAUUGUGGAGUUUGAAUGCCGAGGUCUGGAACCAGUUGACUUUCAACCACAGGCAGGGUUUGCUGCUGAAGGCGCAGAAUCUGGCACACCUUUCAAUGACAUAAACUUGUUAGAAAAGGAUUGGAAUGACUAUGAUGAAAAAACAAAGGAAUCUGUUGGAAUCUAUGAAGUUACCCAUAAAUUUGUAAAAUGUUGAAGUUCAUACCUGUGACAAAUGAUGACAUGGUUAUUGAUGGAGGAGCUGUAAACAUCAGAUAUGCAGCUUCCUUGGAGUUACUUUUUCACAUGGCUGCACUUCAGAAAUGGAAACCUAAGUUCACAGAAUCAUUUAGGUUGGAAAUGAUCUCCAAGACUGAGUUCAACCUUUGACCGACAUCGCUGAGUUGUACUUUCCAUCCCCAGCAUGCCCCAAUAAAAUAUUUCCCAUGGAGCACUUGGAGAUGGCCUCAGUACAAACUGAAAAUAGUACAUAUUGACUGAACAGUGCCAUGGCCCUAAUGCUGUGGGGUUUGGGAAUUACAUGGCUGUGGUGGGCUGUAGCUUAGCUAAUAGAUUGAGUAACUACUUACACAACUUACAGCCUUAAAGGUUUUAAUAGUUGGUCACCAGGAAGUACCUACAUUUGAUUGUCUAACAUAAGCAAAUAAAGUCUUCCCACUCAGCACUCCUAUCGUGAGGAAAUGGCUGCAAGCACUAAUAAAGGCAGUGUUGACUCCUCAAAGGAACAGCUACACCUCAAGCAGCUUUCUGCCACUUCAGGUAAAGACUGAGGUGAGUUUUCUGAGAACACUUACUAAGCCUGACUUGCUGCUGACAUUUACACAGUUACAAUCCUCUGAAAAGCAAGUUAUCUUUCCAAGUAUGUCAUUAAGUAAACCUCGUUUUUAGGUGAAGACAGACUUUGUACUCCUUGGCGAGUGCAUUCACAAUCCUGCCAGCUGGUCUCAUGUUUCAAAGCGAAACAAACCCCACCAAACAAACCCAAAAAGGAAAAAAAAAAAAAAGCCCAGCCAAUCUUUAGUGAAUUUUAUUCAGACUUUUGGUCUGAUUAUUGUUUCCUGAUACAUUAUUUCUGCAUCUUCCCAAAUUAUCACCUUCCUUUCCUUGUUUAAAUGAACAAAAACAAUCAUGCUGAGUUUUAGAGUAAGUUUUCAAAUACUGCUUUUCAGCUGAAAACUAGAACAGCACGUUACAAGAGCAAAGCCUUCAGACUUACAUAUGAAAGGCUUUCCCCUGCUAGCACUUUUAUUUCACACUUCCAGGACAGGGUAUUGCUUACACUUAUGUGCUAAAUUAAAAAGACCCUGGGAGAACCUGGAAACUGAAAUACCCAAAGGAAGAGCAAAGGGAAGUAGUUUCUGAGCCUCUGAACCUGAUCUGUCACAUCCAACCAAGGUGCUCAAGCUUUCCUGCUCUGCUGACACAUUUGGUUGUCCAUGGCAGUGGGACAUGAGCUGCAUUUACACAGAUGACAGAAGCCACCACCACUGUGCAAUUCAGCUCCACAGAAAGACUUGGCCUCCCAGAAGAAAAAGAGCGGAAAUCAAGGGGGUGAAAGGCAGGAAUUCAAGAUCUACAUACCAGAGUGCAGAAUGCUUGCAGCAGUUUUCUUUCCAACCUUUGUAAGAAACAUGAGCUAUUGAUAAAGGGUCUGUCCAUGCUGUAUGAUUUAGAUAUGGCAAUAAAAGAACUUCGUGGUUAUUAAUAGACAGCUUUAUUAAAAUACAGUCUUUUCCAGUCAAUUUAACAACCCAGUUGGUGACUGCAGGUUUCUUAAAGCCUCCCACUUCAUUUUUUGUGUCUCUAAAAGCUGUUAUAGUGGAAAGGCUUCAAGCAGUUGAGGCACAAUCAGUUCUGAUAUAAAUUCAGGUUUAAAGAGAUAAGUUAGUAAGCAAGCUUACUGCAAGAGUGCAAAUGGAACCACUCUUCCAUGUUUAAAAUUACUGCAUGUAUUUUUUUAAAACCAAACAGUUCAAGAGCGGUGUCACAGUAGUGUAGUCUGUCCAAACAUUCAUGGAACACAGGUAUUCCAAGUUCAUUAACUCAAUAAAAAUGCUUAUUUUAGAUUAUGUGUUUUAAGAACACAUGGAUCUGUUACUUAAUUUGACAUAGUUAAUGGCUGCAUUUCCUGAAUGAAUUCAAGGUCUGUAAUUGAUUUCUUUAAAAUGGAUAGACACUUCCUACUGAAUUUAACAGUAUUCAAGUUCAGUGAUGAUACAUGAAUCCAGUUAGGCUGGGCAGUCUCAUCCAUGCUGAACAUUGAUUAGUAUGUCACUUAGACAUAAUCUGCAUUUUGUUCUGCAACUGUAAAGUGUUCCAAUGUCUUUAUGUCUAACUACCAAUUUUCUUGCCCUUCAAAACAUUAAAGAUAUCUU